AUGGAUUCAGCCACAGGAGAAGAAGCAACGACCUAUUCUGUGGUCUUUGAGGGCUUGAAGCUCCAUUGGCAGCAAGGUCUUUCAUUAUCUGUUCCCGAGGAAAGUAGUAGUUCUACGGAUCCUGACGAUAUGGUAUGCGUGGAUUGGAGCAGUGUGGAAGCAGUGGUUGCUGUGCAGGACGACAACUUGAACAAGGCGCCAACGUUACUACAAGUGACCACCAACACUAGUAAUCAAGAGACCCUACUGAUUCAGUUUGACAAUGGCGACACCUUGGAGUAA